GGGGGUGGCCCCGCCCCUUGCCUGGGGGAACGGGCGGCGAGCGCGCGGUAUGGAGCGCUCCGUGUCCAGUGUGGAGUUCUGUAACCUGGCCUACGCGGGGCAGCUGGAGGAGCUGCAGGACCGGCUGAGGGAGGACCGCAGCCUGGCCACCCGCACCGACCAGGAUCACCGAACAGCGCUGCAUUGGGCGUGCUCCGCGGGACACACGGACAUCGUGCAUUUCUUGUUAGGCCUGGGCGUGCCUGUCAAUGACCAGGACGACUCUGGCUGGACUCCUCUCCAUAUUGCAGCUUCAGCAGGCCGUGAUGAAAUUGUGAAAGCUCUGAUUGGAAAAGGUGCUCAAGUGAACGUUGUUAAUCAAAAUGGCUGUACACCUCUGCAUUAUGCAGCCUCCAGAAAUAGACAAGAGAUUGCAGUUAUGCUGUUAGAGAAUAGAGCUGAUCCUGAUGCAAUGGACCACUUAGAAUCCACUCCAUUACACAGAGCAGCAGCUAAAGGAAAUCUAAAAAUGAUACAGAUCCUACUACAGUAUAAAGCGUCUGUGAAUAUACAGGACUCUGAAGGGAACACACCUCUCCAUUUAGCCUGCGAUGAAGAGAGAGUGGAUGAGGCAAAGCUGUUGGUGUCACAUGGUGCAAGUAUUUACAUUGAGAAUAAAGAAGAAAAGACCCCACUGAAAGUGUCAAAAGGUGGCCUGGGAACUGUACUUAAAAGAUUGGUGGAAGGGUAGCAGUACUGGAUGAGUUAUGACUUGAAUUCCAUUCCUGAUGCACCCAUUUAAGACCAUUACCUUAAUAUUUUGAUAGCUUAAUGGUGAUGUCUUCAAUGUUGUUAUAAUGUGCACAUAUAAUAUAUGCAGGGGUAUAUAUCCAUACCCUUCAAUUGUACUGCCAAGUGCAUUUCUUCUAAUUGCCUGUUAAUUAAACCAGUCAGCACUUUUAAGUUGUGUCUUGUUUCAUGUGAAAUUAUUGUUACUCUUAUAAAUUGGAAUGGGAAGAAACCUGUUAGGUUCUUUUCUGUUUUACAGGGUCUGGUGUGAGGAUGUUUCGUUAUAGUAUAUUGUGUUCAGACCUGCUGCUUGAGUCAUUCAAAAUUAGGUUUGCUUUGGACACCUAGCAGUCUAAUAUUACUUUUCGUUACAGCUGGCCAGAAAAUGAAAUUGAAAUUCUGUUUAAAAAAAAACAAAAAAAAACUUCUAUAGCGGGAAUGUUGUAAAUGUUUCCAAAAUGAAAUAUGCUUCUUGGAAUCCCAGGCUGCCUACCCAGAUGAGUUACCGAGGAGCUGGGGAUCCCAGGGCAUACAGGCUGCUGGCUUCUCAGCAGCCCACCUGAUGGGGAUAUCAGGGGUGCUUAUUUUGGGAGCUCCGGAAGCCAAAUUUCAAAGUCAGUUUGCCCGGCAGGCUGCUGUGGAGCCUGCCGGGCAAACACAGAAAACAGAGUCAGCAGAAAACAGUUCUCAAAAAAAAAUUCCGUUAGAAAAUUUCCAAUCAGUUCUGCAUCUUGUAAAGGAACUGGCGUUUUUUGCCUUUUUUCUUCAUAUUACAUAUUUUGUUUUUUAGUUUAAUCCAAUUCUUAUUUCACUUCAGACCACUGUAAACUAUUCUUCUCCCUCCUUGUUAUCUAAACUACUGUUCAACUACUUCUAGAGGUUAAUUCUAUUUGUCACCCCUUUCAUUCGUCAAACCCCCUUUUGGCAUAGCUAGGAAUACUUCACUCUCAAUACAUCCUUAUUGCCUGGUCUGUCUGGCCCUCUAGCCUGUGAUGUUCCUUUCAGUUUGUCAAAUGCUUCCUGGUAAUGAGAUGCUCAAACUGUGUCUAGUAAUGUACAUGCAGACUUGCUAGUGCCCCUGCGGAGACAGUCAUCUAAUUACAUUGCUUUCUGCUGGCCCAGUAUGUCUCACUGCGAGCUCCCAUUUAAUUUCACUAUCUGCUAUCAUCUUGUGCCUUUAUUUAAUAUUCCAGCUUUUAAGUGUGUGUGUUGCCCAUUGAGUACUGUGUCCUGGAUUUUUUUUCCUUAGAUGUACUAGCUGAAUCUCAUUGAAUUUUCUUUCUUUUUACUUGUUAGUUCUCUCAUUUAUCUUCUGUCAGUGCUGGUGGUUGUGUUGCAUACCCACUGUGUAAUAUUCUUUAUGACUUUAAUGUGCUAUUCACCUUUUUCAUAUCAAUGGUCCAGGGCACCCUUAUUUACCAGCAGCAACUUCUGAUUCCUUAGUUAUAAAAUUGUUGUGUGACUGAAAGACAUGUUCAUGCCGGCAUGUACUGGUCUUUGUACGAAUAGCGAAUAGCCUCGUAGGUGAUCGUUGUAACAAAAGUUCCAAGCAGUGCCCUGAGGUUGUUGUCCCUGUAGUGAGAGUUAUCACUUUACUAGCUUUCUUUGAAUUUCCUUGCUGUGAUUACGUGGCCUGCACAAGGGCCUUCCAGCAGAUAGCUCCUUCUAGUUCCAUGAAUACUUGGGAAAUAAAACUGGUCUUUCUGCGAAACCAGUUCUUCUGGAAAGUCAUCCUCUUUCCAGGAGGACCACAGCCAUGCACGUUCAUAACUUGGGAGCUGAACUCUUUUGGAAUAGGAACACUUCUCAGAGGUCAAACUGUCACCAGUCCACUCAUUCCUUGUCUCUCUUGUCUGGGGGGCAGAGGAACUCAGACUUAGCUGUGAGCUAGCUUUGAUUCAGGUGAAAAGAAGCUUCAUGGUAAGACAAUUUCCAGUAAAAUCAUAUUCCUAAAUGUGAACUUUCAGAGUAGUGGGAGCAGUAGCGUAUCCUCCCUCACAUUCUCCUUUCUUGGAGAGUCGAGUUGAAUAAAGUUAUAUUCAUAUGCUAUGAACAGAUAGUACUUUUUACUGUGACUGGAUUCCAUGGCUGUUGGCUUCCCCUCCGGACCAUUCUUUGUCAGAGGAGUAAACCAAUGAAGUGAUGCAGUCCUGUGGUUUCUCUGCUAACCAAGCAUUUGAUGGCUUCUCCUUCUCGCCUUGGCACUGACCCAUGUCUUACAUUUGCUGAUGAUGAACACUGAAUGGGUAAAAGAAAAGCGUUUUAUGUGGCCAUUACAUUGUUUGUUGUCAUCCUUGAACAGAGCUGACAUUGCCCCUGCACGGCUUUAGGAAGUGUAUGAGACAUAUAAUUCACUGAUGGCAAAGCACUUAGUGUCAGGGAAGUAUAGAAUUGAGAACACAGGACUUAGCAGCAAAGAAUUGUUUAACAGGUGCAGUGAGCACUUCUUAGACCACCCACCGCCUCCCCCUCCCACGCAUGCGCAGUUUUUGGUGAUUUUUUUGUUUGGGUGGGGUUAGAUUGCUCAUUUAACAAACUUCUGUAGUUAACAAUAUAAUAAAGUUUUGUAACGGCAAACUUUAUUAAACUUACUAUACAAAGAAUCUGUAUCGUAGCUAAUCACUUAUGCACAUAAGUCAUAAAAAGAGCCAAUCAGUAAGCUGAAAUAUUGCCAGAGCUGAGAUGUGGGGGAGAGAGACGCAUGUCCUAAAAUCAGGCUAUCCUUCAGUUACAAGGCAAAAUUACAAACCAAAUAAUAAAACUUCCACAAUAUAACUGCUUACUGUAUAAGGGACUAAGUGAUGCAGUUUCCUACCAACAAUUGUACAGCAAACCAGAAAAUUCUAUCUGAACACUUCAUACAAGUGAUCUCUCCACACCAGAAAAUAAAAUGCAGUUUUAAAUUUUCUCAGGAGAGAGUGGCAGGGUCCAAGCAAAACUUGCUCUUUAAUAAAAACCUGUUGACAUGCAAAAUUGCAUUGAGAGAGAAACCAGUGAUUUUGGCUAAGAUGCUUUUCAGCCUGCAUCUCUUAAAUACUAAAUUCCAGGAACGUCCAGAAGUAAGGACUAUAACCUUUGUUCUUAUAUCCUAACCCUGUGUUGUAUAAUAUUACUGCAAAGGGUUAUAUGGAGAGAAAUAUAGACUCAAGCUAAAACAGAAUGAUUACAUAUUCUAACCGUUGUGUAAGUUUUUGUGAUGAUAGAGUUAAGUAUUAAAAUGUCGAAGGUUUGAGCUUUCAGAUGCGUAAAGUAUCUUUGGCUUGGGUUUAUGUAAAUAACUAAGUCUGUUAAGCAUCUACAAGUAUGAGUACCUUGUUGCAAGGAGUGAAAUUCUUACUCUAAUUCCCCUAAAGCUGUUGUAGGAGAGGAGUGAAGCCAGCGUGUCAUCAAAACUGUGCAGCUCUAUGGGAGAUGGGUUACAGUAGGACAGAAGGGAACAGAGACGUAGCUUUUAUAUUGCUUUGUCUCUGGCAAUUUAACAGUAUUUACAGCAGGUGCUUAAUGCUCGCUCAUUGCAACAACUCACAUUCCCUGCCCUCGAAGACCCCUGCGUGGGGACGGGUUAAAAGUAGAGAGACAAGUGAUGCAUGACUUGUGCAUCAGCCAUUGGUACUAGGGGAGAGGUGAGUACUACUGCAAUCUGAGCUGUAAAGGGGGUGGGGAGGAAUUCUGUAUGGCUAUUUGGGAUCUUUUCAGGUCAAAGACAGGUUGCUACACUCCUGUGUCAGUCUAUGAAUCCUGCUUUCGCCAGGAGAUAAUGGCUCAGAGACAUUGUGUGACUUUUUAUAUAGAGCUUCCCUAGUGUGACGAAGUGGGAAUUUUCUGUAAUAAUUGUAUGAAUCCUAGGUAUGCCUCAGUUUCCUUCUGUACAUUGCAUUGCGGGGCAGGGAAUGAAUAGCCACUUUUAAAAAAAAAAAAAAAAGUCUUGACCUGACCCAAAUCAACAGAGGGACUGGAAGAAGGGGGCAUUUGGAGGGACUUAAGUGGCCAGACCAGAGGAGACAAAAAAGGGCCAGAGAGGGCUUAUCAAGGCACUGGUUUGACUACAGUAGACUAUUGCUUAACUGCUGCCUCUGUGUGCUCACCUAAGGACUUUCAGAAUCUGUGCGCCAGGUGAUGAUAAACUGUUACCUUGUUUGAAAGGCUGCCUGUCUUGCUGUAAGCAUUCUGUCCUGAAGGGACUGGCACAAGCCUCCGCAGGACUCUUGACUUGGUUGGAUUCGCUGCAGGGAGCCAAGGAGAGAGACAGGGAUUGCUGGUGCUCAGUCAUGGAGGCCUUGGACCUGCCCGUUUGGAACUGUGAAGGUCCUUGGGGCCUUGCCCAUUAAAGGGGUCACUCUCUGCAGACUGGGUACAGUCUGGGGCAUAGACCAGACCCUGUGGCUCCAUGGCACAUAAUAACAUUCCCCCAUCUCCCUGGAGAGGAUAGUUGGGUCACACAAGAAAGAAAGUCUACUGUAUCAGAGCAAAGUUCUGAAAAAUAGCCUCCACCACUCAUGCAGCUCUUCAUGGGUUUCUGUGCUCUACAAACAUGAUUAUUCUUUUAUUUAAUUUGCCAGGAUGUUCACUGGAAAGCAAAAGCACAGUUAUAAUCCUACAUCAUAAUAACCCAUAUCUUUGAAGCCAGCUCAGCUGCAAUCAUAUCUGGGUGCAUCCCAAAAUGGUAAGAAACAUAUCAACCUCCUUUAGUAAAAUACACCCAAGUAAACUUACUAUUUGUCUGAAAAUACCUCCACACUUGCCCUCCCCCAGAGUCAAUCUAGCUUUUUAAGUAGAGGUGCAUUGAAAUUGGUGUUAGGAAGUUAGCUUUUUUAUAUUUGCCUGAGAACUGCUGUCGUGCUUUAUUUGCAAUUAAUUUUUGUAGGCUGCAGAUCCAUUUGUGUUCAGCAAAUGUGACUAGGAGUAGUUCCUGUGAAUAUUCAAAUGACCUGUAUGAUUGCAGAAAUCAUAGUAACCUCUUUCGCCUUGCUAACUUAGCUUACUAAAUUAUGUUAAG